AUGGCUCCCUCCACCGAGAGGCAGCACGUCGACUUGAGGGACCGGCCUUUUCACACCAUCCAGCUGUGCUGGCCGUACAACACCUUGGUGCAGAUCGGGAACAGCUACGCGUUUGACUUCCAAGCAGAGGACAAUGUCCUGGAUGGCCUGGGCUGGGAUGUGCAAAACGACACGCUCACCCUCUUCACCACCGCCAGCAUCGAGUCUGCCUUCCCCGUCAUUGUGGUGAUCACAGUGCCGAGCAAUGGUCUGGCGGCGCUCUUUGUGUCAUCCCCGAUUGCAGAGGUCACAAUCGGCCCCGGCCUGAAUGUUCCAAGGUUCACCGCUGCAGCGCCUUUCAGCAGCGGCAACAUCAAUCUCAUCGACCUCACUGUUGGCACCCUGGCAGUGCAGACAUCCGGGUUGGGCCAGGUGCUGGCGAAUGGCACCAUCACAAAUGCCACCAUCACAGCCUCAGGCGUCAGCACAGUCUAUGUCAUCGGCCUGGAGAACUUUGCAACAGUCAACCUCGCCGGCACUGCCAAUGUGUACGUGAAGCCCAUGAGCGAUAAUGCCCUCAUCGUUGGGCAGGCCUCAGGCGUCAACUCUGUGGUCUUCGACAUGGGGCGGUGCAUCGUUAAUUCUCCGUGGCUGUUUGGGUCUCCGUGCAAGCAGACAGACAAUGUCGGCAUCCCGGCACCCCAGCCGGUCUGGACAUGCGGCCUGGAAAUCAACGGCAACUUCAACUGCCCUGCAGGAGGCACCUUUGCUGCGGGCAAGGCGAGCCUGUCCGGGGUGCUGCCUCUGCUGGACAUCCCAAUUCUGCCCGUGAGCAGCCCCCAGGAGCGGACUGUGGCCGGAUUCCCAACCAUCAUCAACCCUACCCCCAUCUCCCCCUUCCAGAUUCUCACCCCCCCUGGGCCGAGGCCGGCUUUCCUGGCGAGCUCAGUUGGUCCGGGGCAGCAGUUUGCGGGCACUGCAGGGCAGGGGACGCAGGCGGCACAGGCAGUGUCCAACCCCAACCUGCAGGGCCAGAACAUCGGCUCAAACACCUUUGCGGGCGGCAACGGCGGCUCUGUCAGCCAGGGCACCUUUGGAGCGCUGGGCAAGCGCAAGCUGCAGCAGGCCUUCUUCAACAACAACCCCACAGGCGCGACGACAAAUUUCCCCUUUGGUGGCUCUCUGACGGCCUUCGACCCAGCAGCAGUCUGGAUAACUUCGAACCCCUGCUACUACGACAAUGUCGGGGGCUAUAAUGCGCUGGAGAUUUUUGCUGACACGCCCUUCAUGAACACGCUGGGCAAGUGA